UCCACUUUACUUCCCCCACGCCGGCGCAUUUUAGCAGUUCUUAACUUAACGUGCACACAAAGCUCAACAAAUUAGCAGUAGCAAAACUUAGCGCAAAAUUCAGCUAAAACGUCGAUCGGUCGGCUUAUACUAUAUCUGAUUCAAAGCGAAAAUCAAGCGAAACAGUUUUUAAUGGCAAAUUCCUUACGAUUGUAUUUAACAUGCAUAAGAAACACGCUCGAAGCAGCUAUGUGUCUUCAGAAUUUCCCAUGCCAAGAAGUAGAGAGGCAUAACAAACCAGAGGUUGAACUAAAGACAAGCCCAGAACUUCUUCUUAAUCCUGUUUUGAUUUGUAGAAAUGAGGCUGAACGGUGCUUGAUUGAAACAUCUAUUAAUUCCUUGCGCAUAAGUCUAAAGGUGAAACAGUCAGAUGAACUUGAAAAUAUACUAACGAAGAAGUUCCUUAGGUUUUUGUCUAUGAGAGCAGAAGCAUUUCAGGUGUUAAGGAGAAAGCCAGUUCAGGGCUACGACAUUAGUUUUCUCAUUACAAAUUAUCAUUGUGAAGAGAUGCAGAAGCAGAAGCUUAUUGAUUUCAUAGUGCAAUUCAUGGAGGAUAUCGAUAAGGAGAUCAGUGAACUGAAACUAUCAGUGAACACCCGAGGGAGGCUUGUUGCUACUGAGUUUCUAAAGCAAUUCAUUUGAUGUUUCUUUUUUCUUUGUUUAUUCUCUGUUUUCUUCUUAUGGCAACUAGAAUAUGUAUUCUCUUCUCUUUUUUUUUUCUCCUCUACUUGAAGCUACAUAUUACAGAAAUUCUCUUUUGUAUUGCAUCAAUGAGUUCCCUUUUCCUUAACUCAUGUCAGGAAAUGGCAUUUGGCUCGGCCCUUCUCCGGACCCCGUCCAUAGCAGAAGCUUAGUGCACCGGGCUAUCAUGUCAGGAGAUGGCAGAGUGAAUACUCAGUCAUUGUAGUGCUAAGUUGCUUUGCUUAUGUUGGUUAAUCUAAACUUUUAGUUGACAUCUGAAUUUCUAAUUUCUUGUAUGUCACCAAAGUUACAAACACUCUGAUAUUUAACAUUAGAUUCUGACAGAUGGAUGCAAAAGCAAAGAUUUUUUUAAAGUUACCUAAAGUAA